AAAAAAAAAAUUAACAAGGACCAAGCCUCGCCUAUCGCGUAUGAGGGAGAAAGAAAACAUGCCUAGCCCAUUGCUUUGGCUUGAACUCCUUCACGCAUCUCGCCCACUGAAACAUGGCGGACGCCGCUGUCAAAUGUGGCCAUCGCACAGUAAGGCGAGAGAGGGGCGUAUUGUAUCUAGUUACUAUAGUGUACAUCUAUGGAUGUAUCUGAUUUGCCCUGACAUACGUAUCCACAAAAAAGACCCCCCCCCAAAAAAAAAAAAACACACCAAAAAACCAAAAAAACAAACAAAACAAAACAAAAAACCAAAAAAGCAACCAAAGGUGUACUUGAGGUCUCCUUUCGGAAGUUGACUUAGUCCUAGAUUUUAAGUCUUCAUCAUUUAUGUCCGCAUAUCUGGAGUCUCCAUGCUUCUCUUUGCAUUUGUGUAGCCGACGGGUGGUAGCCAAGAUUUAAUUGCACGAACAACGAUUAUCAUCUUAGAUCUAACUUAUUUUAAUUUAAGUUGACCUAAACCAUUAUUAAUUGUGACUAUUUUGCAGUUACCAUUACAAUACAGGUGUUUCAUAGUGCUUUGCUCUUAGUUUUUCAAACAGGCCUAAAAUCUGCUAAAAUGAAGACGAGUGCAAAGAGUUAUAGGCCUCUUAGGGAAAGUUUGAAAAGUUAUAGAAUAAAGAAUAAACACACACACACACACACACAUACACACACACACACACACACACACACACACAUAGUCACACACUCACACACACAAACCCACACAAAAAACGGUAUUUAUCUUUAGAAUGAUCACUAAUAUCGAACAAAUUCAAAUGUAAAUAGAUACUUUUUACAAGACACUUUCCAUUGGCUGUAAAAGCUCUGAAAAAUCACCACGAACAACGAAUUAUUAUAUACUAUAUAGGCCUAGAUCGAAUCUAGAUCUAGAUAUAUGUCAUAAAACCGCUUAGACCUAGAUCUAGAUCUAUAAUAUACGCCCUGGUAUGAGAUUUAAACAACAGAACUGCGACCACUUAUUUUUCACCCAGAGCUCUAGAGCACCUUUCUUCACCGGUGAGUCCUCCUUUUUAACCUGUUUGGUACCACUGACGUCAGCAAUUUCUCCAGUUAGCCUAAUUUUUUUCUGUGAAGUCAUUCGACAUUGAAUCUGAACUGUGUCGAUAAACAUUAUUUUCAGCACUUUGCCUCCGCCCUUGGCCUUCUCAGUCCCUAGCCCCCGCCCUUUGAUUGGUCGAUUGUGGGAUUUGAGCUUUUGGGAUCACAAACAUAAGCGACAAACGUACAUGGGCAAAAAUUAAAGCCCCUUUCUCUAGGCCUAUCCGUUUUGUAAAGCAAUACAUCUUAUAGUUUGAAAGACAAGGGACUUAAAUUUACCCCCCCCCCCCCCCCGCCGUCCCACCUCCAUUUAUCUUCUUUGAGGAUUUUCUGCUCUCUUGCAACAACCUAGAUUAGUAAACACGUACAUAUUAUAUUUAGCGCACGACUUAUGUUUUAUGACUCUCCUCGCCGGAGAAACAAUCAUUAUUUUUAUUCUGGUCCACAGAAUUCUACACUAAGUGUAGACAGAGAGUAUCUCUGGCCUCUGGUGUAGCCUAGAUUAGAAUUCUGUGUUCUGGUCAAGGUCGUACUCGCUUUUGUUCGCUCUUGAUUGGAUAAGAGUGGAGGUGUGUACUGUGAUGUGCUGUGUACUGGCUUGCCUCCACCGUUCCACUCGUGUUGUUCCUCGACAGCAGUCAGCAGUCGUGAGCCUGGUGUGUUGCCGCUGACUGUGUUCUCACUCCUGUGCUGAAGUAUUCCGUGACUACGAACAUUGUAGGGAAUCUGGGUUGCUGUCGUUUGAACCGGAAAGUUUUAGUCCUGUGACCAAAGAGCAGAUCAAACAAAAGUCUAGGCUAGAUCAAGAAUCUAGUUCUACCCAACUGAACAUUCAGUUCCCGGGACACGAGGCAAGGCGAGGUCACAGAAUUGUCAGAAUUCAGCAACCUCGGUCACUCACUCACCGGCUGUGCCUGCAAUUUAGAUCUCUAGAUCUAGGUUCUUGACUCUGGAACUAUAAAAAUAAUUUAUAUAGGUCUAUUUGUUGAGUUUUGUUUGACUCGUGCUCUUGAGAAUCUGGUACAUUAGACCAAAGACAUAAUCUGUGCUCAUCGUCAAAGGCUCCUGCACAGCAUCAUGUCUCACUUGCUGAAGAAGUUGGCUCCAUCCUCCCACAGAUUUCUGGGCGGAGCUGUGAGAACCAUGGCGUCCUACACCGCUGUCAAUGAGCCCAUGCUGGAUUUUGCCCCUGGCAGCCAGGAGCGCAAGGAUCUAGCGGAGGCGCUGAAGAAGUACGAGGGAGUCACUGACGUACCCAUUGUCAUUGGAGAUGAGGAGAUCAGGACGCAGGAAGUGCGCAAGCAAGUAGCUCCAUUUGACCACCAACGAACUGUGGCCACAUACUACUAUGCUACUUCGGACAUCAUCAAGAAGGCCAUUGAUGUGGGCCUCAAGGCGCGGGCAGACUGGGAAAAGAGGCCCCUACAGGAGAGGUGUGAUGUAUUUCUGAGGGCAGCCGACCUUAUGUCCAAGCAGUACCGCAUGGACCUUAUAGCCACCACCAUGUUGGGACAGGCCAAAAAUGUGUGGCAAGCAGAAAUUGACGCUACAGCGGAGCUAAUUGAUUUUCUGCGGUUUGACGUUCAGUUUGCCCAGCGCACAACAGAGUACCAACCAUUGAGUACGUCCCCAGAAGUCACAAAGAACUCGAUGUCGUAUCGUGGACUUGAGGGGUUCUGGGCUGCCGUCUGUCCCUUCAACUUCACGGCCAUUGGGGGUCACCUUCCUAUGGCGCCUGCUAUGAUGGGCAAUGUGGCGCUGUGGAAACCCUCAGACACGGCUGUCCUGUCCAACUACAUAGCUUUCAAGAUCUAUCGUGAGGCCGGUCUUCCUCCUGGCGUCAUCAACUUCCUUCCUGCCGACGGCCCCGUUUUUGGUGACACUGUGCUCAGUUCCCCAGACUUUGUGGGCCUGAACUUUACUGGCAGCGUAGGGACCUUCAAGAAAUUAUGGAAGCAAAUUGCAGAAAAUUUGGAUAUCUACAAGAACUACCCACGUAUAAUUGGUGAAUGCGGGGGUAAGAACAUGCACUUUAUUCAUCCCUCUGCUGACUGGGAGUCUGUUGCGAACGCCACAGUCCGCUCAGCGUUCGAGUUCAACGGCCAGAAGUGCUCGGCCUGCUCUAGGAUGUAUAUCCCACAGUCUUUGUGGCCAAAGGUCAAGGCCAAAAUGCUGGAGAUCAUGCAGCAGGUCAAGAUGGGCUCGCCGUUGGAGCAGGACAGCUUUGUCACGGCCGUCAUUGAUGAUAAGGCUUUUUCCAGAAUCAAAGGCUAUUUGGAUUAUGCCAAAUCCUCUCCUAACCUGACGGUGCUUUGUGGAGGAAACUGUGACGACAGCAAGGGCUAUUUUGUUGAACCUACAAUCGUUGAGACCACAGAUCCUCAGGAUAGAAUAAUGCAAGAGGAGAUCUUUGGGCCAGUCCUCACAGUCUAUGCUUACCCUGACAACCAAGUGAAAGAGACUGUUGAGCUGGCUCGGACCACCUCACCCUUCGGACUGACCGGUGCCAUCUAUGUGGAGGACGCUGCUGCCAAAGCUGAGCUGUCCGAAGCAUUCCGAUUUGCCGCUGGCAACUUCUACAUCAACGACAAGAGUACGGGCUCCGUCGUUGGUCAGCAGCCGUUCGGUGGUGCCAGGUUGUCUGGUACCAACGACAAGGCAGGAGGGCCUCACUACAUGGCAAGAUUUACUUCCCCUCAGGCCAUCAAGGAAACGUUUGUGCCCUUGAGAAACUGGCGUUACCCCUCCAUGGAUGAAUAGACUGGUUGCUCUAGCAUUAACUUUGGCCCGACGUUUUUGCCCCAGAGUACUGCUUAAAUAACGACGUAUAGCUUGUACCUGCAGGGUUCUUGACUGCUUGAGAGUCCUGUUUAUAAUGACGUAUAGCUCACUCUUUGCUGUUUUCUCAGUUGUUGGGAUGACUGAGAGAACAGACGUGUGGUUUUGGCUUUGUGGUUCCUCUUUGUUCUCUUGUAGAAAAAUGUCCUGCUUCUAUCAUCGUUACAUUGUACCUCGAAGCCUCCAAGUCUUAAGUGUGAGAUCAGUAAGACUCCUUCCCUGUUGUAGUUUUUUAUUGCCAUAACGUUUUAGGUUUUGGCGUGUAUUUUUGUAUAGCAUGAUUAUAAAUUGCUUUCACAAAAAAUCCUUUUCUGCGAGAUGUUCCAUUCAGCUCUUUGUACAAGUGCACUUGGCUGAAGGGCUAAAGCUCAUCAUUGAUAACAAUAUGAUGACAGGUAUAGGGAUAACCAAGGCUGCAGUUGUCUCUGCACUGUUGAUUGUGGGUACACCCGAAGUCAACCAGUGGGUGAGCUCUGAGGGGAGCGUGUUUAGCAGCCCAUAAUUCCCCAAGGCAGCUAUGCACACCGACGUCCUGCAUACAUCAAAAGGGAUUGUUUUUUCAGCUGUUUUUCCUCCCCAUUGUUUUAUCAAAACGAAUCCAGAAAUAAAGAAUUGUCGAAGAUUCACUUUUUGGACCCUAUGGACCGGGGCGCAUGCCAGACUAUGUGCUACCUUUACCUUCAGCAUACCGGACAGUAUGUGGUGGUUCAAAUCUAGCAGUUGACCAAAAAGAGCUUAGUUGCUUGUGUUGCGUGAGGCUGAGGGGGCCAGGGCGCAAAAGUUCUGUGGAUAAAGCAGCUGAAGACAGUUGAAUGUGAAAGGGUCAGUGCACUGGCAGUUGUGGCCUACAUGGAAGCCCUGCACUUUUUCGUUACUUCCAAGUUGUCCUAUUUUUCCAGUUCAGCCCCCAACUGGUGGAAAUUAAACCUGGUGGUUGCACUAAAUUGGUCGAAAGUUUUGUGCUAUUGUUUUUUUUAAUGAGCCUCAAGCUUCGGACAUUGUGAACAUUUGUUUUUGUGGAAAACUUGUUUAUUUUAGACUUUGUUAUGGUGUGGCAAUCAAAUGUUGCUUGGAAAAGAAUGCAAUGGAAGCAAUUCUUGUAAUAUUGGAUUGUUGAGUUUUAAAAUUUGGUGAAAUUAUAUUUUGUGUGGAAUUUUUUGUGUUUGAGACACCUUGUAAAGCAUAUUUCCAUUCUGACCCUGGAACGGAAGAAUGUUUGAAAAUGAUCUGACCUUUAUACCUCAUCUGAAAUCAAAGUUUUUAUCUAUUUUGUCUUUCAGACGGAAUGUUUGGUCUUUUUCAUAAUUUUUCCUUAAUAUCGUCUUUAAGCAAUCAGAUAUUGCUAUGAUCAUGUCGUGUGUUCAGUAGCUUUAGUUAUUUCUUUAUCUUUUCUUUCUUCUAAGAAUCAGCUGAUGGCUUUAAAUGGCAUGUUUCAUUGACGCCAAGUUUGGGAGACCUUUUCUUUUCUUUUUUCUUUAUCAGGAGAUGAAAGUAUAAAAAUAGGUUUAAAAUUGUACAUUUUCUCAGUGCUAUUACAUGCCUCUUCCAACACAGAAAGAUUUAAAUAAAAAUGAUGCGCAAUACCUUUUUUUUGUAGGACAACCCGAUUUCGGAGUAUUGCAAUAGGGAUCAAACAUAUAUAUGUAAUUUGACUCUGUGCUUCCUGAAGGUUUUUUUUUUUUUAACCCCAUUUAGUAUAGCCUCUUUGUGUAACUUGCAUGUACAAACUUGGUGGUGUCUGAAUGCUCAGACUAGCGUGCCAUGCCAUCAGGCUGACUUUCAAGAACAUGCCAAAGGCUGUUUUUGUCACCACUCAUCGUGAAGCAGUAGAGAUUUGAUUUUUUAUAUUUUUUCCAUCAAGUUCCCUAAGCAAUAAGCUAAUGUUUCCAUGAUCCAAAUUUGAGUUUCUCCUGUGAAGGUGUUGUUUCAGAUAAAAGUUUGUUUUUGUUAUAGUUGCUCAAAUGGAAACAAUCAUUUUUGUUGAUGUCAAAGUCUAUAACAUCCAAAAAUUCAUGCGUAUUGUGAAAUAUGUUGAAUAUCAAUGGCUACUAAUUACUGUAUGGAUUACAAACUUCUUUUAUUAAAAAUUUGUGUGAAACUAUCAGUAUAUGUGCAAGAAUUCCCAUUUGUGGAACUGAUACUCUUAAUUUCAUUACCUCAGUAAGCAGGAAUUGUUGAGGUCUCUGAAUCUCGAGGACAUUUUUAACUUGUGAUGUUGUUGAAUCUCCGCAUGAUUUUAUUUUUUUCUCUUUUUUUCACUUUUAAGAGAUUGAUCUGAGGUCGGUUUUUGAGGACUCAUUUUUUUUCCAUAAGUAAACGUUCUUAUUAUUACUUCAGUUGGAUCCAAAUAAAUGUUAUUUGUUGCUCUAUGUUCCUUGUACAUAGACUGCGAUGAAUAAAUUAUAAUGGAAAAGCCAGAUAACAUUGGAAUUUAUGAAAACCCAGAAAAUGUAUUUACAGAUUUUUUUUUCUGCCGUGCCAGGUGUACAAGUAAGUGUGUCACUCUAGUCUAAAGUCACAACUGAUUGACAGCUGGACGUUUUCCAAGUGCUUUUACGUGCCUCUCCCGACUUGUCAUUCCAAUGUUCAUUGGCACUGUGGUAUUGAUGAUAGACUUUUAUCAAUGUUUAUGUUCAGGAUGAUAUAUAUUGAUAAGGAGGCAUACUUGUUCCCAUAAGCUAUAUGAUGAAUGCAGAAAUGAAUGAAGACAGAUUUAGAAUAAUGAAUGGAAGAGAGAUUUAGAAUAAUGAAUGGAAGAGAGAAAAAUUUGUGUCAAUUCUGUAUUUAGGCUGGCGAUUUUUUAUGGUAUUUUUGUUGUGAAAGCUGAAACAUGGCCUAGGUCAAUAGAUAUAUAUAAUAUAGACUAAGUUUUAAAUAUAUACAGGUAAAUCACUGUAGCUCAUUGGCUGUCUUCACAUGAAAGUUUUGUUUGGGGCUUUUUUUUUGUUAGUUUAGUUGUGCUUCGUGAGUGCUUUUUUGAAAAGUUAGAAAGACAUAGUUGAUAUCAUGAAGGGGUUAAGGAGGAACUAGAAAAAGAGCCUCAGGGUUCCUCACUGUCUUUUUAUGUUAAGAGAACAUGGGAGAGUUAAUUCUCAUCAAUGUUUGGUUCGGCGUGUGCUUCAUUGUCGGAGGGGAUUGUAAGACAAGUGGAAGUCGAUACUCAUGGUUUCAACUGUAGGCUGGAAGUGCAUAUCUAGGUGUCGCAGGAUUACAUCUGGCGAAAAACGAAUGUAUGUAUGUUCACCUAUGCAGGAAAGCUUCUGAUGAAUGUCUUUACAAAGUGUUAUCUAAGUAUGUGGAGGCAUAGGCAACAUAUCAAAGAAAUACCGUCUGGAUUGAUCAAUUUAAGAAAGUACACAUUUUUGGGCUGCUGUGAUUUUGAACACUUGUUUAGACAUACACUUGCAGUGAGAGUAAGAGGUUUCUUCUUAGUGAGUCAAAGCAUAUGUUGAGUUUGUAUAUGUCAAGACAAAUUUUGAUUUAAUGAGCGAUGGUUUUGUUCUAAUGUUUACUUUGAGGUUUCAAAUGUUCUCCUGCAUCAUGUUGUCCUUUUGGAAGUCUGACUAUCACAGAAGGAAAUGUCUGGUAUUUUAGAAACUACCUCCUGUUCUGUUGUAUUUCUUCACAGUCACACAUCUCUAAUCAAAGUAAAACUUUCUAUUCUUGUGAUAUUGACAUCCAGUGAAGGUUACUAGAGUGAGUUAACUCUCUCUACAGGGUCACAUAGGUGCGUCCACACACUUUCUUUGUCCACUUUUUAAAAGGUUUUGUGAUGAAAAAAUAAUUUAGAUUUUUACACAUACAAUGUUUAGUCCGGUUAUAUCGUAAAAUCAAAGAAAUGGCUUGGAAGUGUUGAGCAGGAUCUUUAUCAAUCAACAAAGCUGUUUACCACAGUGCUGACAGUGUUAUUGCUUGAAGUGCAUGCUUUCAAAGUUUUUUUUUAGCAGUAAUUGUGAGGUGGAAAAUAUGAUGUAUGCUUGCGUACCUUUCUUUUUUAAAUCUUUUCUGUUCGCUCUAUCUCUUUUUGUUUAUGAUAGAUUGUUAAAUAUGAUUUCUUUAGGGGUGAAUAAAAUAAUUCAGUUUCAUUUUACAUCUUGAGGAGACUCCCAUUGUUCAUGGUCAAUCCUAACUGCUCAGAAAUAUUUUGAGAGAUGAGAAAUGAAAUUGAAAAUCCAAAGAAAAAAAAAAGAAAGAAAAAAAAAAAAG